AUGGAUGAUUGGAGUUUGCUAAGUGAGGUGAAUGUGUUGGUGAAAUUACCGGAACAAUUCAAUGAAUGGUUGGAGUCAAAAAAAUGGACAGAAAGACGUGAUGCUCUACAGGCAUUAAUAAAUGAAAUGACUAAAACUCCUCGGCUUGACCCAAAAGUUGAUUACUUUAGCAUAACACAAAGUUUACGAAAUGUUCUCGCAAAAGAUGCGAAUAUCAACGUAUGUGCUCUCGCAGCGAAAUGCAUCACAGGCCUUGCGAAUGGUCUUCGAAUGAAGUUUGCACAGUUUGCUACAUUGUAUAUUCCAGUCAUUUUUGAACGUUUCAAGGAAAAGAAGCCAACCUUGCGUGAUCCUCUGAUUGAAUGUAUUGAUACGAUAGCACUCACAGUCAAUUUGGAUAUGUUGGUAGAUGAACUGUCUAAUUGCUUCAAUAAACCAAAUCCUCAAAUUAAGUUACAAGCAUGCAAUUUCAUUUAUCGAGUAAUGAAGAAUCAUAAUCAAACAUCGGCACCAAAAAAAACUAUUAAAGCUGUAACACCGAUUUUGGUUAAGUUUACGACCGAUCCAGACGCAGAAGUACGAGAAGCAGCAUGUAUUGGUCUUGGAUCGAUUAUGCGUUUAACAGGUGAUAAAGUGAUGAACACUUUCUUGGGAAAUUUACAAGAGGAUAAAACCAAAAUGAAAAAGAUAUGUGAUAGUAGAGAUCAAGCUACUGCCGAAUAUAAUGAAGAAGCAAUGAGGAAAAAAGAAUCAGUACCCUGUGGAAGCACUGCAAUUCCUAGUACAGACGCUGUUGUUGUUGGUCGUAUGACUACAAGUGAUGAAGCAUGUGUGCAAGAAAUUGAUCCAUGGGAUAUGUUGGAUCCUGUAGAUGUACUUGCAAAGUUGCCAGCAAAUUUUAUGGAAAGUAUUGACUCGAAAAAAUGGGUAGAGCGACGAGAUGCAUUGCAGUCAUUACUUGUUCUUUGCACUGAGAAUCCGAAACUCUGUCCAAAGGCUAACUAUGGAGAAUUUGUAGCUUUACUUAAGAAGAUUCUGGAGAAAGAUGCUAAUAUCAAUGUUUGUGCUCUGGCAGCUCGAUGUCUAACAGCAUUUGCAACAGGCUUACGUAAAAAAUUUGCACAGUAUGCUAUCAUGGUUGCACCAACAAUAUUUGAAAAAUUUAAAGAAAAGAAGCCGGUUCUAAGAGAUCCAUUGAUUGAUUGCAUUGAUGCUGUUGCUGCUUCAACUACUCUGGAAGCGUUAGCUGAAGACAUUCAAACAGCUCUUGAUAAGCAAAAUCCUCAUAUCAAAAUUCAAACAAAUCUUUUCUUGUACCGAGUGUUCAAACAGCAUAAUCCGCAAACUGUCCCCAAGAAAAUUCUGAAAUUAUUGGCUCCAAUAAUAGUGAAGCUCACUGGUGAUUCGGAUCCUGAAGUACGCGAUGCUUCUUAUGCUGCAUUAGGUGCUGCUAUGAAAGCUGUUGGUGAAAAGUCAUGUAUGGUUUUACUUGCUGAUAUUGCUGAAGAAAAGGUGAAAAUGGCAAAAAUCAGAGAUUUCUGUGAGAAGGCACUUCAAGAAGCUGGUACAGAUGUUGUUUCGAUUAUGGUGCAAAGUAUGCAUAAAAGCAAUCCUGAAAGUGGAACAGGUGAUGGAAACGCUAAUUCGAAUUCAGUUUCACCUCUGAAACCACCAGCACCUGGCGUAGGAAAUUCGAGUGUUAGUGAGAAAACACGUUCAAAAGAAGUAAUAAAUGAGGAUAAUACGGAAGAGAAAUCAUCGAAAGCAACUAGGAAAGAAUUUGAAGCUGCAAAGGAACCGGAAGAAUCAGUGAAGCCGAGGGAUGAAUUUCUUGUGAUUAACAAGGACAAAGGAAUUAGAUUGAAAGAUGAAAGGAAUCUGCGGGUUCUGAAAUGGAACUUCGAUCAACCUGAAAAUGAGCAUAUCGAGCAGCUGAAAACAUUAUUGGGUAAUGUUACCCAAGCAUCUUUAUUAACACUUCUGUUUAACAAAGACUUCAAACAACAACUUAAAGGAAUCGAUAUCUUACAAUCGCUGAUCACCGAUUGUCCAGAAUCUUUGAUAUCAAACAGUGAUUUAUUACUGAAAUGGAUUUCAUUACGGUUCCUAGAAACGAAUCCAACAGUUUUGCUGAAAGUGCUUGAUUUAACGCAGGGAAUAUUCAACCUUUUAUUGCAACAUAACGAACCUUUUUCGGAUCAGGAGAUGUAUUCUUUUGUUCCAUAUUUGCUUCUAAAGUUAGGAGAAGCAAAGGAUUCGGUUCGCACACCAGUUCGUACUAUAAUCCAACUGGCCACUGAACUAGUUAGCCCUCCAAAGAUAUUUCCACUUAUAAUUGAAGGCUUAAAGACGAAGAAUUCCAGACAACGGACUGAAUGCCUGCAAGUUUUAGAACAAUUACUUGAUACGACGGGAAUGGCUGCUACUACAACACCAGCUCAAUCUUUGAAACAAAUCGCAGCAUGCAUUGAUGAUCGUGAUAAUAAUGUACGUAACGCUGCAAUUAAUGCUAUUGUAGUAGCUUGGAAAGAAGAAGGUGAUCGAGUUUUUCAACUUAUCGGCAAAAUGAAUGACAAAAGUAAAGCGAUGUUGGAUGAACGUAUAAAGCGAAGUGGUGUAGUUUCGAAAGCGCGAGGAGGUCCAGAACGAGUUGGUACAUCAGCUAAACGUAAUGCAAAUAUUUCUGUUGGCAUUAAAGGUAGAAGAUUGAGAAGUGAUCGAUCAUCAAGUAGAAUAGGUAGAAACACUCAUAGAAGUAACAGUGUUUCUCGCGAUUCCAGUCCAGUUGAAGAAAAAGAAAACAAUCGUACAUUUACAAUGCAGGAAAGAGAUCUUGGUAGUCAUAGUGAUGAUACUGAUGGAACUCGUAGACGUUUCGCUUUAAAUUUAGAUCUUCUGAAGCUUGACAAUAACGAUGAAGCAGUAGUAUAUCCUGAAGUUGAUAGUAAUACAUUAGAAAUGUUGGAACCUAUUGAACCAGCAAUCCGCAAACGGCGACAUCCACCACAAUAUGCAGACCGAGCAGAAUCUGUCAGUUCACUGACCUCUCUGGAAUCUGCAGCAGGCGAUGUAGACAAGGUUGUGCAUGGCGUAGCUUCGAUGUCACAAGCAACUGCUACAGCAGCUAUUAGUCAAUUACAAUUUUUGUUCGGCGAUCCGAGUAAUUUUCGUUAUGUUGCCGAUCGAACUGAUGCUGUUGUACAGGCAAUUGUAACACAAUCAUCUAUUAUACGUAGUCGCCAUCUUGAUGAUGUUAGCGCAUUAGAUGAACUGAACGAGCUAGUCCGAACAAUAUGCCAUUUCUUAAGUUCGCUUAUCAAAGAAACAACGACAUGCUCACGAAUUUCUUCUGAUGCUUUGAAAAUGCUCAUACAAGAGUUUCUCUAUCUCUUAAAAGAUGAACGCAUGCAACAACUGAAAGAUAUUCACUCCAUAUUUCGCUCACUUAACUACUUAUCGAUUCGAAUAUGCGAUAAUGCUGAUCCAACUGCUUGUUUUCUUGCUCUUUGUUCAAUGUUAACAUCUGCUUUACAUGACCCACGAAAUAAAACUGUCGAACUCAUAAAUAAGUGUAUUUACAAGCAGUCCGAAUUAUUCCUUCGUGAUGUGCCAAUGAAUUUGGAUGAAAUCGUGAAAGCAAUCCAUAUUUUCAUGCAGGAAUUUCGUCCUCGAAUAGAUGAAAAUAAAAAUAUCAAAAAUUCCUUGCAUUCAAUGGAAUUAUGCAUACAGCGUUUGGUAGCAGGAACGAAGUCAUCGGUAAUACAGCAUAUUGGCGAAAUACCGAAUCCGGAUUCAAGUGAAGCUGUAAUUUAUAUGAGGAAGUGUAUUCGUGGUUUGCAAAACAAAAGUAAUCAAAAUAGCUUAGCAUCAUCAGCAUAUGGGGAAUUGCCGGGACAGGUUGUCUCAUCUAAUUAUGAAGAUUCAAUACGAAAUUUGAUUUCGAAAAUUGUUGAGAAUCCAUUUGGAAAGGGCCUACGAUUUUUGCAUACAUUUUUGAAGAUGAAUCCGGAUGCUCGAAAAGUUCUAGAAGAGGAACUGAAAAAACAUUGUCGAAUACGGGGUCAUACAUCAAAGCGUCUUCCAUAUAAGGAUUUUAUUACUCUCCAUUUGAAGAAGAUGGAUUUAGAAGAUCGCGAAACACCGGAGGUCACUGACGAAUUAUAUAACGUAAUGGAAUCCAUUCGUGCACACCGUGAAGCAUUACGUAGUUAUCGGCAGACAGGUUGGUGGACUGGUAGUGCUGCUAGUGCUCUUGCUACAUCAACCGAUGAAAAUGCAAAGCCAAUGACUGUACGCCGUUCAUUCCAAAGACAACCUUUGGAAGGAGCACCAGAAAAUGAACCCGUUACACCGGUCCCUACAAAGCCAAAACUUACAGCUAGUGAUGUGGAACCAUUGAAACAAUUACUGAAUAUGCGGCGACAGCAACAAUGA